GUGGAGCUUAUGCACAGUCCCUCUCUCUCUCGUUUCUUCUUGGAUUGUUUACGAUUUACAAAGUCAGAGAUAUAUUCUAAAAGAACUUUUAACACCAGUUAGAUCAGUGGUGUAUCGAUAUAGCGGUGAUUCUAGUACUGUCGUUCAUUUCCUGUAAAAGAAUUACGAUGCGGUUAACCGGAGCACCCCAGUUACGUCUAAGGAGGGUCACUUCCUUUUUGGUAAGAGGUGAAGGUAGAGCGUGUUCCACUUUCAUCACGAGUCUCCCCCCCACCUGCUAACUGAUAUUUCAAGUUAAAACACAAACGAGUGUGUCCCGAUUUAAACUGACACCGUGUGAUAGCUAGCGGCGAAAUGUGUUUAUUUUUAUCGCACCUUUGACAGCAACCACUGGCACGAUUUGCACACCGUCCGCUAAAGUCGCUUCCUUGUUCCUGAUACUGUAAAGGAGACUGGAGCCCUCGCGAAAGUGUGCAUCCACACAGCCAUGAAGGGCGUCACGGGUGAAGAAACGCAAAGUGCUCGCAAAGAUGUAUUUGGGGAUUACUUGAACUACUACGAGCAGGUCUGGCCGCAGGGCGAUCUGAAACUGUGCAAGGACGCGCGAGUGACGAAGAAGGCUAAGUGCGUUUUGCUGGCGGAGCGCAGUCCCGAGGCGCGUUUCACGGCGUUUGACUUUUACCGGACCGCGACAGAAUGCAUGAGGAAGGGAAGGAAGGAGUGGAGAAACGUGCUCAGCCAGCUGAUCAAAGCCACGGAGCUGCUCGAGAUGCUCUGCGUCAAUCUCUUUCUUUUCCCGUGGAAGAAGGAGAUCAGGACACUGAAGACUUUCACUGGUCCCUUCGUGUACCGCAUCCAGCCAGUGCUUCCACACAGCGUGACCCGGGCCAUCCUGGAAAAGAUCGGGUAUCACCCGGAGACGGAGACCGAGUACAAGCUGAGUAAGAGUGCGGACUCCGACGGGGCUGUGAGGAUGGGCUUCGAGCUGUUCCUGGCUCGGCAGGAGUGUGAGUACCUGCUGGAGAUCAUGGGUCAGAGGGGACCGUCGGAGUGCCUGGAGAUCUUCCAACAGAGGUCCUCGCAGUCUCUGCCUGUGGAGGCCACUGCGGGCGGAGCAGAGGAUUCUGGGACGGAGAACGUGUUGGUCCCGACUGAGUCGGAGGACCUGACCAGUGACGGCUGUUCUCUGCUGGACCCCGGGGCACCCCUUACGGAAGAAUGCCAGGCUAGCCCCGGGACUGCAGGGAGCGGGGGGCAGGAUUUGGAACAGAUGCCCCAGAUCCUGGAGUUCCAGGCUUCAGAGAGCGUGCACGUGCCCAGGAUCCACCCAGCCAGCAGGAGGCUGAUAAGCGAGGACAAGUCCCUCAUGGAGAUGCGGGAGAGCUACCCCGACCUGGCAUUCCGGAGGAGGCCUAUCUUCACGGAGCCCCAGGGAUGUCCGGCGGCACAAGGGAGACAAGCAGGGGAAAGGAGAACGCCUGAAGGGGGCGCUAUGGCUCCGGUGGCCAACGGUGACACGAGCACCCCCCAGUCGACCGCUGGUCUCUCGGAGCCCCACCCCUCCGCUAAUGACAGCACGGCAUCACCGCAGUACCUAGAGCUGGCCAUGAAGCUCCCACCUCUCUCCCACCCAUCGGAGAAAGACUCCACCUCUCCGCCUCCACAGGGCACGGGGCAGGGCGGGGUCCAGGCAGGGUCGCAGAUCCAGGUCGCUGCGGACGACGGGGUCGCCGAGCUGGCUGAGAGGAUGGGUCAGCUGUGCAUGAGAGAGGAGGACCUCAAAUACCCGGUGGAGGAGACAGCGCAGCCGGACACGGGACGGGGCGGGGGCGACGGCAAAGCCACGCCCCUCGGCUCCCCCAGGGGCACGGCCCAGCCCAUCGUGUGCCACCCCUCCCCUGCCCCCCUCUGCAGCAUCCCCGGCUGCGGCAGCUGCGUCCAACCAGACCCUCCCCGCCAGGGCGACGCGGGGCCCGACACCAUCACAGAGCCCCCUCAAUCCUUCUACAUCCCACCCUGCACCGAGUGCGCCCAUCGCCCCCUGCUGGAGGGCAGGGGGAGCGGCCGCGCUGACCCGCCCUCUCCCCACUCCCCCUGCUCACAGCCCCCCUGGAGCCACGCCCAGCAGCCAGAAGACGCGCUGCUGGAGGCGACGUACGUGAUGGUGGAGCGCGAGCGCAAAGAACAGUAGUUAACCGAGGGUCUGCGUUCUGCACUGCCCCACAGCCGGAAGGAAUGGGACCCCAAGGCCAGGUUCAAUCUAACCGCAGUGUGCUUCAUCCUCAAACUUGUGUGCAUUUUUCUUAUCCCCCACCACAUUGUUUUAAUUACGCUAACUGCCAGACUCGCAGUAUGAUUUGAGUAGCAAAAGAAAUGUUGGGGUUCCUUAAAUUUGAUGCUCACAGCUCAGGGCUGUAUAUCCUGCGGUUAGAUUGAUUCUGGGCCUUGGAAUAUGCACUGAAAGAAAAGGGUGUUAUUGGCACAGGGUGAACCGCGGGCUGUGAUCUUUCCAUAGCUUGGUGAAUGGAAGUCUUGCAUUGUGAAGGCAGUGAAGGCCAAAAGACAAACUUUCCAUUGCUAAUCCUUAAGUCGUAUUUUUCCUGACUAUUGCUUUGCACUCUCUCUCAGGUGAAGGAAUUUAAAAAAUAUUUAUACUGUAACAGUGUAUGCUUGUAUGCAUUGGACACUUUGAUGUGAAAUCACCUAAGCAGAAUUGCACUUUGAAGGGAUGCUACAGGUGCUUGCAGUGUUUUUUUUUUUUCUUAACUGUGCCUUAGUGUUUUCCUCAGCCAAACCAAAGAUGCUACUGCUCAUUUUUGCGUGAUGACAACUGGCAACUACUGAGUGAUAACGACUGUGAAGAAACCAUCCAAAAUGAUGCUCUGACAGAUGUAAAAGAUUUCUAAUUAAAAUCUGGUCUUCUUGGUGCCAUGCAAUAUCCAUGAUAGUUAUUGAGGUCAUGAAAACAAGGGCAGGUGUUUUUCUUAUAUCCGUAUGUCAAGGACAGAGGCCUUCUUACAGCGCAAUAAGUGUACUGGACAAAUGUCUUAAUAAAUGAAAAAUUAAGAAUGAAUAAUGCACCACUAUUAAAGUUCUGCAGGAAUUAAAACUUAAUCUUGUCUAUUAAAAUAUCUAAUUAGAGCUGCAUACAUUUUCAGGAAAUAACCUGACCUAAUUAAAACAUCUCUGUGCCUUGCAUAGGAUAAUCCAAAGUCAUUGCACUGAACAUGGUGCCCAGAAACAAUGCUCUUGUGGGAAAGUUGGGAAGGUGUUUGUUAGGCAAGUGAUGUUUAUGUGAUGGCGAAGCGUAAACUGAACUCUUGUUGUAAGGUGAGAGAAACACUGAAGAGAGCUGAGUGGAAUCAGAGCAGUGAAGAGGUGGCCAGAAAUGUCAUCAUUUGUGUUCUGUAGACAGUAACAUUCUGACCGCUGUGUCAUGGCUGUCACUGCUGUGUCAUGGCUGUCACUGUUGAUAGAAUGCACUUAUCUGAAGGGUUUCCUUCUGCAAAAACUCUUGAAAUACUGCUGUAAAAAAUGUUGCGGAAGUUUCCAAACAGGUCGGCAUUUUCAUAAGGUCGUAACCCACAUAAAUUACCUGAUAAAACACAGAAUUGAUGUAUUGAAGGCAACCAAUGUAGACUUCUGUUUGAACAUAAAUCAGAGGUUAUUUCUGAUGGUUCUAAUUCAUUUUUCAUCAGCUCUCAAUAGCACAUUUAAUUUGGUCAUUUCUGCUACUUUCCCUUUAAGUAACUUAAUUGCUGGGAUCAUAGUCAUCACAUAAUGAGCCUGUCCCUAUUUCAGUCUGGGAUUUACAGGGUGUCAAAAGGUAUUCAUACAUGUUUACCUUAUUUGGUAUGUAAAAAAACCCCACUCUUUACUGUGAUUACUGUGGCCAGUCAACCUGUAGUCCAAACUUUCUCAAUCUUCACUCCCUUUCUUUAACUCCUCCUAAAAUUGACACUUUUGGCACUAGGAAUAUUGCCCAAAGUCUGUGUAACUUUACCCAAAAACCGUACACUUGUACAAUGGA